CUCUCUCCGUUUCUUAAAUUGACAUUGGGUCUGGCUCGAAACAUGAUAACAGAAAAGCCUUCCUCCGCUCCGUGCCGCCGGGCUGUCCUCAACCCCGAUCACUUGAAACUCACAUAAGCAGCCGUGAAGAGGAGAAGGGAUCCUGUCAGCGGGGAAUAACGAGAGACCUUUACACAUACAUACACACACACACACACACACCACACACACACCCUUAUAUGUGCUCCUGCGCAUCGUAGAUCUCAGAAAGUGCUCUCGUGUUGAACCCCAGUGAAAGUUAACAUGUAUGUGCAGGCUUUGAUACGCGCCAGCCUGGGAUUUGUAGGUUUCUGCUUGGUCGCCUUUGUCCAACAGUCAGCUUCAGGAAGUAAAACCACUCAAGAUGUGGACGAGUGUGCAGAGGCGCUCGACAACUGCAGCAUCGAUGCCAUCUGCCAGAACACCCUGAAGUCAUACAAAUGUAUCUGCAAGUCGGGCUAUAAGGGAGAUGGCAAACAUUGUGAAGAUGUUGACGAGUGUGCAACAGAAUACAACGGUGGCUGUGUCCACGAGUGCAUCAACAUCCCGGGAAAUUACAGGUGCACUUGCUAUGAUGGCUUCCGCUUGGCACACGAUGGCCACAAUUGUCUCGACGUGGAUGAGUGCUCAGAAGGCAACGGUGGAUGCCAACAGAUUUGUGUCAACAUGAUGGGCAGCUACGAGUGCCGCUGCAGAGAAGGAUUCCUCCUGAGUGACAACCAGCAUACCUGCAUCCAGAGGCCUAAAGUACAAUCAGAAGGAACAAAGGAGGGACCCACCUGCAUGGACAAGAAUCACGGCUGCGCUCACAUCUGCAGGGAGACGCAGAAAGGUGGCAUCUCCUGCGAGUGCCGACCUGGAUUCCAGCUCACGCGCAACAUGAAGGACUGCAAAUUGACGUGUAACUACGGUAACGGGGGCUGCCAGCACAUCUGUGAGGAGACGGACCACGGCCCCAAGUGUUCCUGCCACAUGAAGUUCGUCCUGCACAGCGAUGGAAAGACUUGUGUAGGAGAGAGGAGUGUCCAGUCCCAGGCAGCCCCACAGCUGUUCCCUAAUGAGACCUGUGCAGUGAACAAUGGCGGCUGUGAUAGCACGUGUCACGACUCGGUGACGGGAGUCCGAUGCAGCUGUCCCGUUGGCUUCACUCUGCAGCCGGACCGCAAGACCUGCAAAGACAUUGACGAGUGCCGUCUGAACAACGGGGGGUGUGAUCAUGUGUGUCGAAACACAGUGGGGAGCUUCGAGUGCAGCUGCAAGAAGGGCUACAAGCUGCUAACCAACGAGCGAACCUGCCAAGAUAUCGACGAGUGCUCUUUCGACCGCGCCUGUGACCACUUCUGUGUCAACUCUGCCGGCAGUUUCCAGUGUCUUUGUCAUAAAGGCUACGUCCUCUACGGGCUGGCGCACUGCGGAGAUAUCGAUGAGUGCAGUAUAAACCGAGGAGGCUGUAAAUAUGGCUGCAUCAACACGCUGGGGAGCUAUGAGUGUACCUGUCCACCUGGGUACAAGUUGCACUGGAACAGGAAAGACUGUGUUGAGCUGGUGAAAUGUCCUCCUGGACUUGUAGCGCCGAAGGCAACUCUCACUUGCAGCAAGACGGGCAAGAAAGAGAGCUGCUCUCUUACCUGUGCCUCCAAAGCUCACUAUUUGGCAGAGUCUGAUAACAGCUACUCGGUGAGUUGUGGCAUCCCCAUCCUCAGAGGGAAGUCCCCGGCCAGACUCAACACCAGCAGCAGUCAGAGCUGCAUAGAGACUCUGGCCCCUCCAGUGAAGCAGACGGCUUCUUUCAAGAUCAAAAACGCAAAAUGUCACCUGCAUCCCAAGCUGACGGGAAGGACGGAGGACAGGGGCCGGACGCUGGGACCAGGUCGGUCAGGAGGAGGGCAGCCUUGCAGCAACUGCUUGGUGACCUUUGUUAACCUAAAAUGCGACUCCUCCAAGAAAUCCAAAGGGCGACGCGCUCGAAACCCCUCUAACAAAGAGGUGACACGCAUCACUCUGGAGCUGGAGGCAGAGGUCAAACCUGGAGACACUACAGGGAGCUGCAACCUCAGCUGCUUGAGACAGCGCAUGGAGAAGCAGGUGAAGACGUACAUCAAGGCCCUGAAGAAGUCCAUAAACCAGGAGCGCUUCCUGAUCCGAGUGGCCGGGUUGGAGUAUGAGGUGGCCCAAAAACUCCCCCAGGCCAGUCCCGUUCCGGAGAACUGUGGCCCGGGCUGGGAGAGGGACAGCGGGCGAUGUGUCAGAUGUUUGUCCGGGUCUUACUACCACGGCGAGCAGGAGCGCUGCGUCCAGUGUCCACCCGGCACUUUCCAGGAGAAGGAGGGGCAGCUGGCCUGCGACCUCUGCCCUGGCAGUGACGGCCAUGGGCCUGUGGGGGCACGAAACAUUUCCUCCUGCGCAGGCCAGUGCUCUACAGGCUACUUCUCCAGUGACGGCUUCAAACCCUGUCAGCCGUGCCCUCAGGGAACCUAUCAGCCCGACCUGGGGAGGACCCUCUGCUUCCCCUGUGGAGGCGGGCUGAGCACCAAGCGGGAGGGCGCCAGCUCCUUCCACGACUGCGAAGUCAAAGUUCAGUGUUCCCCUGGUCAUUACUACAACACCACAGUGCACCGGUGCAUCCGCUGCCCUGUGGGGACCUAUCAGACAGAGUUCAGACAGAACUACUGCAUUUCCUGUCCGGGAAAUACCACCACUGAUUUUGACGGUGCCACCAGUGUCUCACAGUGCAAGAACAGGCAAUGUGGUGGUGAGAUGGGUGAGUUCAUGGGUUACAUUGAGUCACCUAACUAUCCUGGUAAUUACCCUGCUAAUGUGGAGUGUAUUUGGAACAUCAACCCACCCAGCAAGCGCAAGAUCCUCAUCGUAGUGCCGGAGAUAUUCCUGCCCUCUGAGGAUGAGUGCGGAGACGUGCUGGUGAUGAGGAAGAACUGGUCAGCUACUUCCAUCACCACCUACGAGACCUGUCAGACCUACGAGCGGCCCAUCGCCUUCACAGCUCGCUCCAGACGUCUCUGGAUCAACUUCAAGUCCAACGAGGCCAACAGCGCCAGAGGCUUCCAGAUCCCCUACGUCACUUACGACGAGGACUAUGAACAGCUCGUGGAGGACAUCGUGCGAGACGGACGGCUCUACGCCUCAGAAAACCAUCAAGAAAUCCUCAAGGAUAAAAAACUGAUUAAGACUCUUUUUGAUGUGCUGGCUCACCCGAACAACUACUUUAAGUACACCACUCGGGAGUCCAACGAGAUGCUUCCCCGCUCCUUCAUACGUCUCAUAAGCAGCAAAGUCUCAGCUUUUCUGCGACCUUACAAGUAAAAGUCACUCGACCGGCGGCGCAUCGGACCAAGACCCCCCCGACAUCCCCCCCGACAUCCCCCCUACAGGCCACACCCCGUAACUCUCGCAGGACUACAAACACAAACAUACCAGUAUGUUUGCCUUCUCGUUUUCCGCAGGAUUCAACAAUAAACACUAUGCAGACCUGAGAAAUAUUGAACAUCAUCUGUGUUUUAGGUUUUAUUUUUUCUGUCAGUUUCUGUUCAGCGCAGGUCUGCAGUGCCGAGCUCAAACAUUUAGUGGGGAUGUGGAGUUUGUGAGAGGGUUGGGUUUCUAUUGCGUUGUGCAAUGAAACCACAAAAAAACAAAAAGAGGGAAACAAAAAAAAAAGAAAAACAAUAUAAACGCCCAUUUCAGACAGUAGGAGUGAUGUUUUGUGUGUUUGGUUCGAGCGUGAUAGAACUUGUUGUUGUCGUAUUUACUUAAAUAAGCGGUCCGAGUUCCGGCUCCAACUCCUACCAUUAAGUAUGACUGUAAGUGUUGUGCAAGUGUUGUGUAACUCUGCUUCCAUCUUCUCUCUGUGUGUGCGUGUGUCUCUUUGUGUGUGUGUGUGUGUGUGGGAGAGUUUUUGUGUGUGUCUCGUCCUCGAGGAGGAGCAGUUGUAAAAUUCUCGCCGCCGCUGCGUUCCAGGUCCUUCAGAGCCUGCUUAUAUCUGAGCUCUUAGAGCCGUUUGCAAAGGUUUUUACUGUUAAAACAGUUUGUCUGUUUCGCUCUGUUUAGAUUGUACCAGCAUUUUUCGGUUGUUGUUUUUUGUUUUUUUUUUAAUUUUUUACAACCUUCAAAUAACUUUUCUGUCGCUCUUUUUAAGCCAACUUAAAGCAAAUACAUAGAGAAGAAAAAAAAAAGGUGGUUUUUCAUUCUUGGAACUCAGUGGACAUUUGGAAGAUGAAUAACAAACUAAUAAUUGUAAGAGCCACAGAAAAGAGAUAAUGUGAUGUCUAGUGGAGCAUGUCUCAGAGAGAGAGAGAGAGAGAGAGAAAUGUCUGAGGGACAUUUGUUUGCUGCUUCUUAUAAAAAAAAAAAGGUCACUUUAAUCCUUCGAUCUCAUUGUCUUUCUGAUGUAUUCUACACACUAAUAAUCUUUAAGUUUAAAACAAAGGGAAACUCCGAACCUGAAAUACUUUAGUUCUUACACCCAGUAUGUUGAUUAUCUCACAUUGCCUGUCUGUGGACUACCAGUUUUAUUGUGUUUUUAUUUCAGUCUUGUAAAUAUUGAAAAAAGAGAGAGGAAAAAAAAACUUAGACGAGGGUUGAUUUCAUUAAUCCUAAUUUUUGUUGCGCAGGACCUCCAGAAUCAUUUUUUGCCCCAACUACUUGUCCAAAGACCCCCUCCCCGGCCCCCCGGCCCCCCCCCCCCCCCUCCACCACAGUCACAUUUCGCUCUGUCCUAAUGAAGACAGCUCUUCCAAAGAUUGCCCAAACCGGGCGGGUCAAGUUUUUUUGUGCACUAGAGUUGUGGUGCGUUCAUGGGUAACUGGGAAAAGGGAAAAGUUCCAACUUCUGAAGGGAAAAAUCCAGUUAAAUGCUGUUGAAAUGUAAAUUUCCCAAUUGGAAAGUGACGUGCGAAUUCCCUGAUUGCCAACGUUCCAUCAACAUGAACGCACCAUUCAUCCUUCUCAAUUUGUAUGAAGCGCAAAGGAUGAAAAUGACCCACAUUCAUUUUGGGACGCUCAACAAUACUUUUGAGUGUAUAUUGAGACUCAUUAUACUAAAUAUUUACCAAUACAGGAGGACGAUUCUUCAGUGUGUUUCCUCCCAAAGAAAAAAUUAGACAUGUUGAAAUGUAAGUAAACAGUAGUUGAUGCAUCGACAGAAAGAAAAUCUUAGUGACCAAAACAGGGUAAAAUAAUUUAAAGUUUUUUGAAAGACAUUUUCCUGUCAUGUCAGAAUUGGCCAAAAGAAGAAAAAGCUUGUCAGUUUGGGAAAUGUGCUUAUCUGUAUCAUAAAUGGAGACUUGGGAAGUGUUCACGCUGGUGCAGUUACCUUUUAGGACAGUUACACUCGCAGAAGACAAAACACAUGGAGGGUAGACGUGACAGAACAUCCACAUCAAUGCUGCGUGAGUAAAACCCAACAUUACAUGUUAGAUUCUUGUGGUGGGAUUUUUUUUGUAACCGAGAACUUAAGUUUAUAAAACUUGUCUCUGUAGCAAUAGGACUUCCUCUAUCGUCGAUCACAAUCUACUGCGAAGUGCCAAAAUUUGUGUGGCACAGCCACACCUUGUGGUUUAUCCCCUUCAACUCUAUAGGGCUCUCAUUCCUAUCCAGUGGCAUCGUUUAUAAGAUUCAACUCUGAUGAACUACAACUUGUCAAUCUGUCAAGAAAUCCCGAUCUCCACACAUUCAAGCAUUCUGACAUUUGAAAUUUUCUAAAAUUUUGGAAGCCCUACAGUAAAAAAAAAAGAGCACAAAAAAAAAGUCCAGACCAUUUUGAAAA